UUUUUUUUUAAUCACUAGCAGCUUUAUUUUGAAAUCUCUGACCAGACGUGGGCUACUUGUUGUGAGCUGGUUGGCUUGGUAACGGCCGGAGGGGGAGGAGCCUGAUGGCGGAGCAGCCAAUGAGAGGACAGACUGCAACAGGUGAGCAGAAGACACACACCUGACCCCCGGCUGCUGCAACACAACACCGCGCAGAAGAGGCGGCUGCGGCUCGGAGAGGCGACAUCCUGACGGACAGGGCCGGGAACCAGAGAAGCCGGGACCAUUUCAGCGCCCUGAACAGAACCAAACUGUCAUUUACUCUCUUUAAUCUGGAGGCAGGUCGGUGCGGAUUAUUGAUCAGAUUUAAUCCGCUUUCUGCUUUAAAAAUAACGGCGAUGCUUCAGGACUCCCAGCGCAGCAGCGACUAGUUCCAGGUUCCAGGUCGAUAGUCUCCCAGUCCGGCAGCACCAUGAUCAGCUCCGAGGGCCUGCGGCCGGCCACCGGCGGCAGGAAGCCGCUGGGGAAGCUCGCUUCCCGGCUGGAGGAGGUGAAGAACCCGUGGAGGGAGGGCUCCAAGCUGGAGCUGAGCCACAACGAGGCGGCGCGGCUGGCCACGGACGCGCUGCUGGAGCACGGGGAGAAGGAGUACCGGCGGGUCCUGGCCGAGGAGCGGGAGCUCAACUUCCUGUCGCCGCUGGAGAUCCGCUACAUCAGCCAGCAUGCCGCCAGCAAGACCUCCGACCCCGACAGCGGCGACCGGGACGACGGGGACGCGGACGCCGUGUCCGAGCUGACCUCCGGGACUUACUUCCCCAUGAUGUCCGACGACGAGCCGCCGAUGCUGGAGCUGGGCUGGCCCGAGACCCCGGUGCGGUUCGGACCGUCGGAGACCCAGAUCUACUUCCAGAGGGACAAAACUCACAACAUCAAGGACCUGAUCCGGUCCAUGAUCAACAAGGCCAAGAAGGUCAUCGCCGUGGUGAUGGACAUCUUCACCGACGUGGAUCUGAUGUGUGACCUGAUGGAGGCGUCCAACAAGCGGCGAGUCCCCGUCUACAUCCUGCUGGACGAGAAGAACCUGAGCUACUUCACGGACAUGUGUGUGGCGCUGGACAUUCAGAACUCUCACCUGAAUAACAUGCGGGUUCGCAGCGUCUGCGGCGACACGUACUGCACCAGAGGCGGGAAGAAGUUCACCGGUCAGGUCCUGGAGAAGUUCAUGAUCAUCGACUGUGAGGAGGUCAUCGCCGGCUCCUACAGCUUCACCUGGCUGUCGGCGCAGGUGCACAGCAACAUGGUGAUGCAUUUCUCAGGUUUCAUCACCGACAGCUUCGAUCGGGAGUUUCGCUGCCUGUACGCCGACUCGCAGAUCAUCGACAGAUUCAACCCAGAAGACGAAGAGAUGCCUUACUAUCCGUCGUACCAGACCUUCCAGGCCCCUGUGAUAGGCCUGGGGCUCGGCGGGCCCCUGGGUCUGGAUCUGCACUCCGACAGGCAACGGGACCGGAGUUGCUCUGAAAACUCCAGCAGCCAAUCAAGUAACAGCAUUUCCAGCGUUAAGGUUGCUCCGGGGAUGACCUCCAACAACGUCUACAAGGUCACUCAGGGUCAUGACAAGAAGGAACCCGUCGGCUCGUCUCUGCAAAGCCCAGAGAGGAGAGUCGGUGGGCUGAGGGUGGGAGGCCCGAGCCCGGGAGUCCGAGGUUCUCCCAACGGCGGAACCGGUCACAACCUCAUCACCGACCGCCAACUGCCGACCUACGGCCAGUCAACGGGCAUCGAGUGGAACAAACCCAGCUCAGCCGAACUCUUGCGGGCAAACAUUAGUGGCACUUCCACCAAAUUUCAGGGAUUGGGUUUGUAUGACCACAAGCCCACCUUGUUUCAAAGUUCUCCAAACACAAACCAGAACCUUAAGAUCCAGACGCCGUCGCCCAUCAACGAGCCCAAACUGCCCCCAAAGCAGAGGACGCCCAGCAGCCAGUUCCACAACAAGAUGUCCGACAAGCUGCUCUUCUCCUCCAAAGACAAGGAAACCUUCAACUUCCGGCGGUCUCCGUCCCCGCUGAACUCCUCGCCCUGGGGCGGGCCAGAACUCUCUCAGCCAGAGCCAGAGAGCCAGCAGUGCCCGCCGCCGCCGACGUCUCCGCCGGGCCACAUGAGCCGCCAGGACCAGAAGCGGAUGACCCUGGGCCACAGCAAGCUGGACCUGGUCAACCACUACAACAAGCUGAAAACGAAGCAGGUUUACAGCCGCUUUGAGCUGAAGAGCAAAAACUGAAGGACCGUCUGCGUCCUGCCGCACCGUUCAGACUCAGAGGAGUUUUCUGAACCUUUCUGUUAACUUUUUACUUCAUUAUCUUCCACAGCCGGAAAACUCACUGAGUCGGCCAUUUUGGCUCUGAGAUACUGUUUAGUUUCCCUUCUGAACCGUUUUGCCUCUUCAUGGAAAUAAGGACCAACUGUUGGUUUCUACAGGGGUGUUCAAAGUGCGGCCCAGGGGCCAUUUGCAGCCCUCUGAGUGAUUUUGUGGCCCCCAACCUCAAUCCAAGCAUGGACACUUUUUCAUCUUGUAGAGCAAGUUUUUUAACAAGUUUGUUUUUUUUACAGAUAUGUAACAUCUUAUAAAAAUAUGAGGUACAAAAAAAUAGAUUCUCUUAUAUUAUCAACCUUUUUGCAUUUGUCUUACCUUUGCAGUAACUAGAACCACAAACAUUGAUCUACUUUUACUUAAAUGCGAAGCAUUCAGCCCAAACA